AUGACUCGUUUCAACAAUGUCACCGGCUACGUGGCCCUGGCCACGAGCCUCCUUAUAACCUCGACCGCCGCCGAUUCUUGGCCCAAACGAGGCCUGGCCGCCAAUGACGAUGUUCCAAUCUCGCAAUUUGGCGGCUCAUGGAAUAACCACGAUUCUCAGGUGAACUGGCAGUACAACUGGGACAGUACCACUAGCCAGAAGCAGUCGUUUGCUGAAUAUGUGCCCAUGCUCUGGGGUACUGCAAACUACCAUACCGACCAAUGGUCUGACAACGCCUGGUACUGGAUUAAUAACGGUGGCACGGGACACUUGCUUGCCUUCAAUGAGCCUGAACGCGGAGACCAAGCCAACCUCAGCCCCCAGCAAGCUGCUGAUGCUUGGAACCAGUACAUGGAACCUUUCACCGGCCAUGCUCAGCUUGGUGCUCCUUCUGUCUCUAAUGACGGUUAUGACUGGUUGAAUCAGUUUCUGCAAGCGUGCAGCGGCUGCCAUAUUGAUUUUGUCCCGAUUCAUUGGUAUAACGACCAUACUCUAGAGUCAGAUUUUGAGAACUGGGUCAACAGCAUUUGCUCUCUAACAGGCCGCCAAGUCUGGAUCACAGAGUUCCAAGCUUUCGGAUCGAUCGACGACCAGAGCAACUUUUUGCGUUCGGCAAUCCCCUUCCUGGACAAUAACCCUUGCGUCUACAGAUAUUCGUACUUUGGGACUGCGGAUAACUCUAAAGUUCUCUUGCAAGAUGAUGGCCCUUCUCUUUCAGGUUUGGGUGUACAGUAUGCCUUUAGUCCUUAUGGGAGCGGUGAUGGCCCUAACUAG